GACGGAUUCUACAACCUAACCAAGGAAAACGAUUCCGUCCUCUAUGGGGACCUCGUUAGAGGACUGUCAAAGUUGGAAGCCAUCACCGGCGUUCUCUACGUGGCCACUGGUGUUCAUGCACCCUGGCUCACAAAUCUGACCUUCCUGUCUAAAUUGCGGACCAUUCAAGGAAAUGUCCCGGAAGGUGCAUCCGAUCUGCCUGCGAUCAACAUCAACGGAAACAGCCACCUGCAAUUCCUCGGCCUCGCCUCGCUCACCUCUAUUCAACGUCGCAGUGUGCUGAUUGCAGCCAAUCCACGUCUCUGUCUCAUCGAGAGCAUUGAUUGGCAGGCGCUGACCGCGCGACGCCCCAGCGAGCCAAUCGGACCUGGCGAAGGCCGUGUGAAGCGCGAGAUUAUAGACGCAAAUGGGGAUGUCAAUGAUAGCGCCGGUGCAAACCGGACAUUCAAAGACAAAGCAGGAGCCCUGGCAAAUGCCGCGAACUUAAAGAUGAUGGCAAGACGAAUAGCUGCGGCCAUUCCACUUUUAUUUUACAAAUACUCUCUCCGUGAAUAG